AAAAGGUGUUCGAAAUACAGCAUUACAGUUGACCCAGGACAUUUGAGGCAAAAAGUGCUGUUCAAACUGCUGUUUCGAGCAACAAAAUGAAAUUUCUUCUCCUCACAGUCUUUGUGGCCACCUUCUCCUAUGUCAAUGCAGGCAAGACGGCCAGGCUGUUGGCAGCUAUGAAUGCAGGAAUGCUCAACGGGAAUAUGGUUGGAGGUUUAAACCAACCUUUGGUGGCAGGCGGCGGAGUAGGUUUCAUCGGGCAGCCCCAGUUUGCUCAAUUUGUGCCUGGGGUUCCUGCCUUUGCUGUCCGAGCGGCCAUUCCUAAUGUGUACCCUGCAGCACCAGUCAAUGCGCGUCAGAUUGUAAAAUCUGAGAACACAGCCAAGCCCUCGGUGGACACUCAGAUUCCUGCUCCCACCGAAUCAACAGCAGCACCUCCUUGUGAGGAAGCCAAUCAUCUUCAUAAGAAUUAAAUUCAACUUGGUUUCGUCAAAAUGAUUAAAAAUCUUUAAUUGGUUUUUCUCUACAAUUUUGGAAACAAACAUUUAUUGCAGGUGAAAUAAA